AUGGCGCCGGUCCAGACAUUCAGCUCCAGCCCCAUCACGGCAGCCAAGGCUCCGACGGCAACGGCAAUGGCCCAGUCGCCAACCGCCAACAAGACUGCGCCAGCCACGACGACGGCAGCGGCAUCGGCCUCUGCGCACUACGGACCGGCCUCGGCGCAGCCAGGAUCGAGGCCCUUUGUCCCUGCAGCGACUGCGUCGGCCUACUCUGCGCCGGGAUACUAUGCCCAGCCCACGCCCACCCAGCCGCUGGCCGACAACAAUAACAACAACUCUCCUCCCGCGCCACAACCUGGUGCUGUGCCUACGGCCCCCGGCGCCGCCGCUACUGCUGCAAGCUCGCUACCUCCUCCACCGAAGAAUGGCGAGACAAUGGGUCCCGAGCACACGGGCAGCGUCCCGCCGAUGCCCGCGCAAAUGUCGUAUCCUGCCCCUCAGGCCUCUCACGCCAUCCGAGGCACAUCUACUGCAGACGCUGCUGCCUAUCCGUCGCCGUACGAAGCAGGCCCUGUACCGUUGCCGGUUGGCACUGCCCUCGGCGGCGGCAUCAACCGCGCGACCGACAUGUCGCACCCGCCGGGGUACCAGCAAGACACCCAGGCGGCCGAGUUUUCUAGCGGCCAGCGCGUGGCGCACGACUUUAGCAGCAGUAUCGGAGGUGGAUAUGAGGAGGAUGGCAGCGCAAGUAUCUGGAACACGGCCAAGAAGUGGGCGUCGGCCGCCGGCGACACCCUGGCGGCUGCCGAGGGGGAGGUCUGGAAGGCUGUGAACAAAGAUCAAAAGUAA